AUGAACCCCUCCUUUGCUAACCAGCAGCAGUCUUCCUCAGACAGCAGCACGUCGCAGCGGCUGCCACCAAUAUCCUGGCUACUGUCAGAUACGCAGCAGCCAAAUGAAGCAGUAUCACGGCCGAUGCCACCCAGCAGGCCGGCAGUAGUUAACCCUGGGGCGCCACCACCAGCACACACAAGCGGAUCUCAGCCCCGGCUCCACCUGCAGCCAGGUACAUUCAUACGGCAACAACCGGUGGCAGCUUACAGUGUUCAGUACACCGCGCGAGCAGUGCGCAUAGAUCACGAAAGCGUGGUUCCAGACCACCGGCACCAGCCCUACCCGGCUGGGGCCAGCGGGCCGGGGUCCAUGCCUCAAAUGGCCAACACCAUACCGCAGCAAAUAAUUAUAAACCCAAACCCAAACCCAACCAACGCACCGCGCAAGAACCGGCUGACGCAGGCGUGUGAUAACUGCCACCGGAAGCGGGUGAGGUGUGAUGGCAAGAACCCGUGCAGGAACUGCUCGCGGCGUGAUAUCAGCUGUGAGUGGCGGGCAAUGAAGAAGCGCGGGCCAAAGCCCAAGGCGAAUAGUGGAAAUCAGACGGUGCGAUCGGCGACCAGCAUUGCAAAUCUUGUGCUGAGCACAUCGGAGGAGCCGCGGCCGCAGACCGAUAUAUCGAAUAAUGGCUCAGCUGGCUCGCCGUCGGUCUCGGAGGACGAUUCGAGCCACGAGGGGAUUGUUGCCCCGCCUGUCGACAACCUGAUCGCCGAUUUCUACUCGGCCAAGGUCGAUGCGGAGCUGCGUGAGGCCAUUAUUGCGUUUUUCGACUACGCCUACGCGUACAUGCCCAUUGUGCAUCCAUCAACCUUUCUGCGCAGCGUCGUGGAGGGCAAGGUCGAGGCAGUGCUGCUGGAUGCGAUCCGGGCGCUGACAGCCAAAUACAUUAUGUAUGAGACCGGCCGUCGGAUCCCCACCGCAGCGCUGAUCGACAGCGUGAAAUCGCGCGUGCUGCUCAAUCUCGAGAAGCCAACUCUGAAUACGGUGCAGGCGCUUGUGGUUCUAAUAAACGUGGAGGUCCGCGGCAACCGCGAUGUGGCUGUGGCGACGUUCCUAGCUGCAGCCGUUGGGCUUGUGAUGCGGCUGGGCUGGCAUGAGAUCGAUCUGUACAAGACGCGGCAGCCAAAGACAUGGGAGGAGUGGGUUGAGACCGAAACCAAGCGGCGGCUAUUCUGGUCGAUAUUUCUGUACGACUGCUACUCGUCCAUCAUGCGUGGCCAUCCGACGUUGAUUCCGGAGCCGCUCAUCUACGUGCGCUCACCGAGCGCAGACGAAGAGUGGGACGAUGUUUCGUUUGUGCUGGCAAACACGGCGACCGAUGCGCAUCCCGCGGUGCGGCAAGCGCGGCCACAGACGGUUAUCACGGGCGCGAUAUCACGGUCAUUUGAGCUGCUAUGCAAGAUGGGGACAACAAACAGCCGGGUCAGCCACUUCCUGAACAGCGCCAAGGCCGGGCGCUGCGACCAGCAGAUCAGCACGCCUAGCGACCGGCCAUUUCCGGCGGUGGACUUCCUCACCCCGUCGCCAGAGUCCACGCACCUUGUGUAUUCGGUGCACCGCAAGGCCCGGGUGAUCUCGGACUACCCCGAAUUCAGCGUGUGUUCGCGGCUAGUGCAGGAUCUGCACGAGAGCGUGCCGCAUCCAGAGCUUUUACGCGGGAUGACGUCAAAUACGAGCGGGGCGCGGUUCUUUGGCAACGUGGACCAUGGGCUGCUGGCCACACGCGUGCGGUACCUGUCGUUGAAGGUAUAUACAUGCUCGACCAUAGUGAUUCUGCACAUAUCGAACCGGCGGUCGUUCUUUGACGAGUUCGAGCGGCCGCCGGACCUCGACCAGGUAUUCAAUGCUGUGGGCACUGCAGCGACUUCAGCAUCUGACGUAGCGAUCCGGCAGACAAUCAGCUCCGCGCUGGGGACAUUCUGGAGUCAGGGCCUGGUAGCGGAUGACAUUGAGCAGGAGUCGUGGGACACAGCAGUUGAGUAUGCGCACAGCAUGGCAGGAUACCUGAAACGCAACGACGAUCUGCCGCACAGCCGGCUGGAGUUCGCGGUGGGGCUGUGCAUUUUCAAUGUGGCGUGCGUGCUGGUGCGGCAGAACCGGCGGUGCCGGAAUGCACUGCAGUCAGCGGACGACUCACAGUGGACAUUGCAGGAGUGGGAUAACGAGCUGCAUCGCACGGCAAAGAGCGUGCGCAUCCUGUGGCAGGCGCUCAACCGGCUGGGAGCGUUCUGGAAUGUCGAGGGAUUUACGUCGAUGCUGCGGCUGAUGAAGAUUGACGAGUGCACCGAGAUGGUAGGCAGGCUUGCAGCGGCAUCUCUCUAA